AUGCCCCGCACAUGCCGCAACCAGGCUCGACUGAGCACGCGAAAGCCGCUGCUCAGAGCAGCAGCCAAGGCACAGUCGGCCUCUCCAGCGCGGCAUUUCGACUUGGGAGGUGGCUUCGGAUCAGCCCCGUCCGAAGACCUGGUAGAUUUCACGCAAAGGCCAGCACGUGCCGUGGAGCUGCAAGCCGAGAGGCGCAGGAGUUUCGGGGAGCCCGCGCCCCCGCAGUGGGAAGAGGCCAGAAAAGAGGUGAAGCGCUACUUCAAGAGCCGCAAUGGCGAAGAUGGGGAAAGCUCCAGCGAUGAAGAGGAUUUCGACGCGAAAUAUGGGCCGCCACCCCCGGUUGCAGAGAGGCUGUCCAAGAUCAAGUCAGCAGUGCUGAAGGCGAAAACCCUCGAAGAGGUGGAGGAGGUCAAGGCCGCGAUGAGGAAGGGUGCAGAUUGGCGCAAGGUCGCCCCCUGGAUCCGGCGGAGCCCAACGCUGGCUGAGUACAGGCGCGAGGAGGAGGGUAAGCCCAGCGUCGACUGGGUGGGCCUGGCCGGGCUGCGUCAAACCUCGGUUGGGCCCUCCGAGGAGCCCCCAGUGCCGCCCCCCAAGGAGAAGCCGCGGAAGGUCCGAUCGCGGAGUCCGAGGCCCCCUCGAGAUGCCCCGCCGCCAUCGGAUGACGAAGAUGCCGACAUCAGCCCGACUGCUGCUAGGCACCCCUCCUCCGUGACGAUGCGCGGCGCACAACGCGCCCUGCGAGAGAAGGGUGCUCGAUUUGGUGAGGAGCUACCGCCCUUGAGGCCGCAGCCCCUGUACCGGGGCCUGGAGACCAGUACUAUGGGGCUGGAGAGGCAGUGCUUUAAAAAGGGCACCAUGUAUUAG